UGUCUCAUUCUGCAAAAUGCAUUCCUCCCCAAUAAAAGUAAUCGUGCUGGUGGUUGCACUUUUUAAAAUUUGCCACGUUCAGGCCCUUUGUCCCCCCUCGGAUUCCCUCGUCCCUUGCAUCUGUUCCCAAUACAAUGGUUGGGAGGUUAUUUCCUGCUCCAAUAUUCGCGGGCGUAUUAACUUUGCCCCAAUUUUUGCUCGUGAUUCUUCCGCUAUAAAAAACCAAAAUUUGUCUUCUUACUCCCUCACCUUCAAUACUUUGAGGAUCACGGGGUGCUCUGGACUUUUAGAGAUCCCGCGAGGAUCUUUCGCCGAUUUGAGUUUCCUGUACGUUGAUAUCAGCGCGAAUCCAAAUCUGGAUUGGAUUUCUCCGCGAGCCUUCGACAAGUCCAGUUACGGUGUAACGAAGGAGUUGCGACUGUACGACAACUAUCUUUGGAAUCCGGCCCCUUACACAAACGAUAUUUUCAAAUUUGUUACAAAUUUCAAGAUGCUAGAAAAAGUGGAUCUCGGAAUGAACAGGAUUUCUUCCGUUCCCAAGAAUGCAUUUGCCUCCGCGUCCACCAUCCAACGGAUAGAUUUUCGGUACAACAAGAUCACGUCCAUUGGACAAAAUGCCUUCUCCGCAACGACAAAUCUGACCCUUCUUGAAUUCACUUACAACUCCAUAACCCCCGCUGGAAUUCAUCCCCAAGCAUUCUCAGGUCUCGGAAAUUAACGAUUCUUGGACUUCAUAAGAAUAAUGUGACCACUUUGGAUCGAACUACUUUCAAACCUGUUCUGGACACUGUGAAAGAAUUAAUUGCUGGAUUUGGAUAUUGUAAUCCAUCAACGUGCUACUACGACUACCUGCUCUGUGACCACGACGCGGAUUGGAUUUGUGACGGAAAGGAAAAAUAUCGUCGUCCUAAUUCUGAAAACCCCUAAGUGCAGUCUCAUCUUAAUUUUAAAUACCCCUAAGUGAAACUGCUUCGUAAUUUUAAAAAGCCCUAAGUGCCGUCCCUCGUUAAUUUUAAAAACCCCUAAGUGUAUUUUCGCAUUAAUUUUAAAAAGCCCUAUGUGAUACAUAAAAACGAGUAAAAAGCCCUAACUGCAAUUCAAAUUUAAAUUUCAAAUUAUGCAUAAUUAGAUGUGAUAAAAUACUAUACAUAGAUGUGAUAAACUCACACUGUGUGAAAUUUUUUUACCACAAAUUAAAUUUUGAAGAUAUGUAUUAAACUUACCUGUGCCAUUCUUACUAGGAUUACAAAUUUUUCCGCAAAAUUUCAGAAAUUUCAAAUUUUUCUCAAAAAUUUCAAAAAUUUCAGAAAUUUCGAAUUUUUCUGAUAAAUUUCAGAAAUUUCGAAUUUUUCUGAAAAAUUUCA